AUUGUGUUAGUAACCGAAAGAAAAAAUCAAACAUUGCAAAAAUUUUUCGAUUUUUCCAUUCAAAUAAGCAGUAACAAUCAACCAAAUUGCUUUUAAUUAACACUUUAAUAAUUGUGUAAUAGAAAGAUCAUAAAAGUAACUAAGAAUGUCAGCCUACGUUGCUGUGAGACAAAUUUUAAGUCCAGGAUUUCGAACGACAUUCAAACAAUUUCUCUUAAACGCCUCAACGCGACAAACAUGUAGUCCAUUCAUUAUUUCACAAAGAUUCUAUGCUGAAAAGAAAAUUUUCGAAAGAAACAAGCCUCAUUGUAAUGUUGGCACAAUUGGACAUGUUGAUCAUGGAAAAACAACAUUGACAGCUGCUAUCACAAAAGUUUUAUCUGAUCAAGAUCUCGCUGAGAGUAAACUUUAUACUGACAUUGACAAUGCACCAGAAGAAAAAGCUCGUGGAAUUACAAUAAAUGUAGCCCAUAUCGAAUACCAAACUGAAAAUCGUCAUUAUGGUCACACUGAUUGUCCUGGUCAUGCCGAUUACAUCAAAAACAUGAUCACGGGAACAGCACAAAUGGAUGGAGCAAUUCUUGUUGUUGCUGCCACCGAUGGUGCUAUGCCUCAAACACGAGAACAUUUACUUCUGGCAAAGCAAAUUGGCAUCAAUCACAUCGUGGUAUUCAUCAAUAAAGUUGACGCUGCUGAUCAAGAAAUGGUUGAUUUGGUCGAGAUGGAAAUGCGUGAAUUGAUGACUGAAAUGGGCUAUGACGGUGACGAGGCGCCUUUUGUCAAAGGUUCAGCUUUAUGUGCCCUCGAAGGAAAGAGUCCCGAGAUUGGAUCUGACGCUAUCAUCAAAUUGUUAGCAGAAAUUGAUCGAUAUGUCCCCACACCAGUCCGUGAUCUUGACAAACCAUUCAUGUUGCCAGUUGAAAGUGUUUACAGCAUUCCUGGACGUGGCACUGUUGUUACAGGUCGCUUGGAACGUGGAGUAUUGAAAAAAGGCACAGAAUGUGAAUUUGUAGGAUAUAACAAAGUCAUUAAGUCAACAGUGACUGGUGUUGAGAUGUUCCGUCAAACACUAGAAGAAGCACAGGCAGGUGAUCAGCUUGGUGCAUUGGUACGUGGUGUUAAACGUGAUGAGAUCAAACGUGGAAUGGUCAUGGCUAAACCUGGAACCGUCAAAGCUAAUGAUCAAAUUGAAGCUCAAGUUUAUAUUCUUAGCAAAGAAGAAGGCGGUCGUCAUAAGCCUUUUACGAGCUUUGUGCAACUGCAAAUGUUUUCAAAAACAUGGGAUUGUGCUACUCAAGUCAUUAUCCCUAAUAAAGAGAUGGUGAUGCCAGGAGAGGACACGGCACUUAAGCUUAAACUUAUGCGUCCGAUGGUGUUGGAGAAAGGUCAGCGAUUCACUCUUCGUGAUGGCAACAUAACACUUGGAACUGGCGUUGUGACGAAUAUUUUAACACCUUUGACAGAGAAAGAACGAAUAGAACUUACUGAAGGCAAAAAAGCAAGAGAGAAGAAAGCCAAAGCUUAAUUAAUUCACUUUGUUUGACAUCUUGCAUAGCGUUAUAGAAUAUAUUGAUAACGAGACUCACAACAGAUCCAACAAUUGCUGAAUUAUUCUUAUUUUUUAUUUGUUUUGGAUUUCAUCAGCUGGAAGUUUUCUGAGUGUCGCACUAUGUGCGAAUAUUUUGCGCAUUAUGAACGGAAACAUUUUGCUGAUGAUUUUCUUGAAUUCUUUUCCUAAAUUUAUUAAAAUAUGCCUCUUUGAAAUAAUAACUCUGUAAGAAUUCAGAAUGGAACCAUAGUUGGAAAGAAAUAAAUUGAUAAUAAAAUCGAAAAUCAUUUGGCUUAUUUCGUCACAAAU